AUGGAACAAAGGCUUCAGAUAAAGGAUCUGAAAAGUCCAAAUCAGUCAUUGAGAAGUCCCAGCACAAGCCCUAACUUCAAAAAUAUUGUACUUGUUGAUGAUAAAGUACCACCAUUGCUCAACAAUUUUUCAAUUUGUGAACAGGCAAAAUUAUUUGCUGCAAAUUGGAAUGAUUCAGUUGAAAACAUCCAUGAUGGCUAUGAUCACAAAACUGUUUCAUUAAAUACAGCUGGAGUGGGAAUGAAAGGUCCUCCAGCAAAUUCUCUGGAGUUUGUCAACCACCUCUCACCUUUCCAAUCUCCCGGGUCAAAGCUCAAUGAUCCAGAAGGGAAUUUCAAAGUAAUGAAUAAUUUGCUAUCUUCUACAAAGAAAAUAAAUCCUGUAUCUGAUUCAGCAGUAAUACAAGCAAUGCAUUUAUCAACUUCUGACAAAGUUUUACCUAACAGCUAUAAUUCACAAUUAAGUCCUUUAUAUCAGCCCACUUGCCAUUUUUGUGGUACAAAUAAAGCUGAAUAUCAUAGAGAAUCAUUGGAUGAAAGCAAUAAAAAGGAAAAUAUAUUACCAGCAAAUACUAAAAAUGUAGCACAAGGGAAGAAAAUAAUGCUAUCUGAUCUGAAUAAUUUAGGACUUAAGAAAAAUAUGACAAUCAAAGGUACAAUAACAGAUUUUAAUAAUCCUAGUGAAUUCUACAUACAAGUCAAUUCUCCUGAAGUUCAAAGUAAUAUUAGAAAACUAACAGUGAAACUGAAAAAUUACAAGGGAAUUAAUCAAGAAUAUACUCCUGUCAAAGGAGAAGUUGGUGUUGCAAAAUAUACUCUGGAUCAGACUUGGUGCAGGGUACUCAUAAAAGAGAUAGAUAUCAUUACAAAGAGCACUCAAGUACUGUAUAUUGACUAUGGAAAAAGAGAAAAUAUACUACUACACAAAAUUAAAGGAUUGCCCGAAGAUAUUUCACAGAUCCCACCCUGCGCCAUUAAGUGUCGCGUUGCUAAUGUUCUUGAUGCAAAACAGUGGAAUGAAAGCUACAAGAAUAUUAUUGCUCCAAUUCUUAUAGGAAAAUAUUGUUCAUUAAUUAUCACUGAUGUUUCGAUGGAAGAUAUGCCCUGUUUUACAGUAGAUGCUGUCUUGUCAGAUUAUGAAGAUAACCAGUGGUAUCGUGCAACAGUAAUAUCCUUUAUUUCAGAGAAAAUGGCUUUAGUGGGAUACAUAGAUUAUGGAAACGUUGAAAUGCUACAGUUAAAUAGACUUCGACCAAUUGUUCAGAAAUUAAUGGAAUUACCAAUGCAAGCUAUGAAUUGUACCCUAGCAGGGGUGAAACCAGUAUCUGGGACCUGGUCGGCAGAAGCAACUUUUGCCAUGAAGCAACUAGUCCAGAAUAAAGUGGUUGCCAUAAAAGUCACUGACAAGAAAAUGAACACUUUUGUUGUAGAAAUUACAGAUAAAUCUGUGACUCCAUCAAUUAAUAUAUCUAAAUGUCUUUUAGAGUUAGGUUAUGCAGUGGAAGAAGCACCUAUUGUUUUGAAACAGAAUGAAACAAUGAAAGAAACAAAUGGUGAAAAGCAGGAGCCUGUUAAUUGGUCUUGGGUCACAUUAACAGAUAAACAGGUGGUAAAUGUCAUGGUCUCUGUGUUGUACAACCCCAGCAAGUUCUAUUGCCAGUUAUUAAACGAAGACGAUGAGCCGCCUCCUUAUGGGGAGGAGGAAAUUGAGGUCCACCUAAAGGAGUGCGCAGAGGAAUUUGCAGAUUUUCUGGAAAAGAAAAUUGCUCCACUUUGUUCCCAAUUACAUGCCGGCAUGAUUGCUGGUCUGAUGGACGCCCCUGAGGCAGGUUCUUACCCUGUUAUCUGGGAUGAUCAUACUGUGGGAAAAAAAUCAGUUCUAGAAAAUAAAGUGGAAUGGAAAGAACUGGAUCAUACUGAUUGCUUAACUCCAAAGAUUGUCUCAGUAUCUACAGGACAUACAUUUUUUGGCAUGGUUGCCCACGUACAAAACCCAGGAAUUUUUUUUUGUCAACAGACAGUAAAUGGCUGCAAACUUUCUCAACUUCAAGUAUCCCUACGUGAAUAUUGUGAAAAUACCUCGAUCACCCCAGAUUUUUGCCCAGCGGUAGGAGAUGUGUGUUGUGCUCAGUUUACAGGUGAUGACAAAUGGUACCGUGCUCUUGUUUUGGAAAUAAAUGUAUCCGAAGUCAAAGUAGUAUAUGCGGAUUAUGGAAAUGUGGAAAUGUUGCCUUUCUCUAGACUUCAGCCUAUAACUUCCCCCUACUUACAAUUGCCAUUUCAAAUACUUAAAUGUUCCUUAGCAGGUAUUAUGGGACUGGAUGGAACGUGGUCCAUAUCAGCAAUAGGGAAGCUGAAUAGUCUCUUAAUGAAUAAGCAUGUCAUAAUUACAGUGAAAGACGUUACUCAAAAUAUUUAUACAGUAAUUGUGCAAAAAAAGAGUGAAAAUCGUGUUGUGGAUAUAGCAGAACAGUUAAUAAUUGAAAACUUGGCAAAAUACAGCAGUAAUGGGAAUCUGGAUUUAGAAAAGCUUGAAAAACUAAUGAUUGAACUUGCGGACUAUUGUUGUGCUGAAAAAGAUAGCAUCUUCCAACCAAAGAUUGGUGAACCCUGUUGUGCCAGGUAA